AUGUCUAUGCCAGUCGAGGUGAACCUUCCUUGUUACCUACUCAACGAGUCCGUGGCCGUGAAGAACUUCUUUGGCAGGGAAGAAGUAAUGGACGAAAUUCAUGACUACUUAGUGGUGAAAGAAGAACAGGGGGUAAUGUCUGAUCUGAAAACUGUGGCUAUCUCUGGUAUGGGAGGCAUAGGUAUGUUUAUUGAUAUCAAAACUAUACCCGAGUUGACGCCCCCAGGCAAAACCUCGAUCGCGUAUCAAUUCGUCAAGACCCGCUUAAAGAGAUUCGACGCCAUCUUCUGGCUAAACGCUGAUACUGCUGGCAAGCUAGACAGCAGCUUCGGUAAAAUGGCAUUGGAAUUGAAGCUGCAGCGGGUACAAGAAGACAGAGACCAAGUCAUGAGCAGGAAUCUAGUACUCAAGUGGCUUGAGAACCCUGUCACUACAUAUGGUUGCCAGGACACGUCAUCACCACGAAAAGCCCGCUGGCUCCUGGUUUUCGACAACGUAGACAACUUCGAGCUCAUGAAGGGGUUUUGGCCUCCAAAAGGGGCUGGCUCCGUACUCAUUACCAGCAGAAAGCCACAUGCUCAGAAUUUGACUAAUUACACUGGUACAGAUCAGGACUCCUACAGUCAAAGAAUCGAGCUUAAGGCUUUUGGAGAGGAAGAAGCCCAGGAAUUUUUGUACAAGCUUACGAACAAGGAACGCACGCAUGAUAACGAACAGGCGGCGAGAGAUUUGGCCCGCCGACUCCAGGGCUAUCCUCUGUUUCUCAAACAGUUCGCUGGUUAUAUGAUGAAUGAGGGAACUUCCACUUUCGCCAAUCUGCUCAAGAUGUACAGCGAAGAAUCUUCUCAUGGAAAGCUAUUCGCACGGAGACCAGAGACGAAAGACGACAACUAUGAACACACUACCGCCACAGUAUGGAUGCUUGAUAAGCUCGAUCCGGAUGCGCGCAUGGUCAUGAAUGUGUUAUCGCUUCUCGACCCGGAUCAUAUCCAAGAAGACAUCAUGACAGAAGGGAUUCCAAGUAUCAAGGUCAGAGACUAUCCAAAAAGCUACUCGGAUUAUUGCCUAGCGCUUGAUGCACUCUACAAACUCUCGCUGGUCAGCACUGAUGUGGACGACAACAGUGAAACAGAUGGUGGAGCUCCAGCUUGCAAACAUUCCUUCGACCUGGAAACCGACUCCGGGACACAGGAUCGACUUGAAAAGAAGGGUCUGGACUCGAAUCUCGAACCUGACGAAGAAAUUGAUCAACAGGCCAAACCUCAGUUGAGCGUACAUCGCGUUCUGCAGGACGUGUCUCGCUCUCAAAUGAACAAAAACCAGCAACGCGAAGCUUUUGAAAUCGCUGUCAGUCUGCUCCUCAUCCGCUGGAAACGGAAGGAAAGACUCUGGCACUACGACCGCGAGGAUUGGCCAAGAGCUGAGCAUCUCGACGAGCGCCUCAUGCGCGAGAUUCAUACCAGUCUCGGGUGCGUGGCGACUGAGAUCAACGAUCCAGACACAUGCUACGAACGUAACAAAAUUCUUCGAGAAAUGACGAGAGCGGAAUACCCCAACCCAAAGACUCAAACAGACUUCGAAGCCUUGAUGGUAUCUGACAACGAGAUGGGUGUUGCUGAGAUGAUGAUGGGCAAUACCGAUGAAGCCUCCAAUCUCUUCAAAACAGCCCUACGCGAAGCGCAUCGCCUUCGCGAUGAUUCUGAAACGGCAAAGUCAAUCUAUCUCCUUGCAUCCGCCAACCUUGGUCUUGCACAGUGGUUCAAAGGGAAAUACGAAAAGGCUUCAUCCACGCUACAGCAGGCAUGGCAGUACCAUGAAAAGCUGACCGACGCCCAUGAGGACACCGGUUUUGCGCCCGGCAGGAUCGCUCAUGCCCUUGGCAACGUCACGAACAGCCUGCAUCACGCGGAUGCAGGGUGUGGAAAGGGAGAGGCUCUUGAAUGGUAUGAACGAGCGUACAGACACUACGGGAAAACGAUCGGGAAGUAUCACCAUCGAUCAGCAGAUGUUUGUCACAAGCUCGCAGAGCAGUACAUCGAGCUAGGAAACUUUGACCAGGCACACGAUUACAUUGAUCACGCCCUGAAGGUCUUCCAGACGCGGGAUUACUACAAACCCGAACGCGCGCGAACCGGAAACCUGAAAAGCGUUUUGUUGCGGCGAGAAGACAACGAUGAGGAGGCUGACAAGAUCUACGAAGAAGCCAAGAAAUUGUAUGGAGAACACAUGACUGAAAGGAACAAGAACAAUCCCAAGGGCAAGUGCCCAGAGAUUGCGGACUUUGAUGGAAAGGUGGCAUUCUGGUCCCGCUAG